CACAGAGGAGCUGGGGAGAGUCUCAAUUUGGAGAGGACACAGAAAAGUUCAUGACACAUUACAUCGUUGACGUUUGGAAUAAAAUACCUCAGGAAAACUCUUCAAAGUUCUGCGAACUUCGCCUCAGCACAGGGAUGUUGCGAUGAGACCAGGAACUCCAGCAGGUCAUUAAAGAGGCUCUAAGAUGCCAGUCGUGACCCUGCCAGGUUGAGCAGCCUAGCCUCCCUCUUCUGUAUCCAGUGCUGUGGCGCCCUCUGCUGUGUGACCGAGGAAGGCCCAGGGAGGGAGUAGACAGCAUGGGGAACGCAUUAGAGGAGGGGAUGAACACAGUCAUCGUAAGCCACUACAACCAGUCGGGGAAGUGGGACCGGCCUCGCAGCAGCGGGGCCUGUAAGAUGGCUGUGCUGCUCUUCAUCUGCGUGCUGAUUGUUCUGGAGAACGUGACAGUGCUGCUUGCUCUCUGGAGGAACAAGCGCUUCCACAGCCGCAUGUACUUCCUGAUAGGAAACCUGGCACUGUCAGACCUGUUGGCUGGUGUGGCCUACGUGGUAAACAUUUUUACUUCAGGCAGAAACACCUUCUUCCUGACACCAGUGCAGUGGUUGGCCAGAGAGGGCAGCAUGUUCGUGGCCCUCAGUGCAUCCACAUUCAGUCUUCUUGCUAUUGGGAUAGAGAGGCACAUGACAAUGGUGCGUUUGCGCCCAUGUGAGACAGCAAGACGAGGGAGACUUUUAGGACUUCUUGCAGCCUGCUGGCUUGUGUCAGUGUUGCUCAGUGCUCUGCCCAGCCUGGGCUGGAACUGCCUCAACAGCCGGGCCUCCUGCUCCACGGUUCUGCCACUCUACGCUAAGAGCUACGUGGCUUUCUGCAUCAGUGUGUUCAGCGCCCUCCUGGUGGCCAUCAUCAUCCUCUACAUCAGGAUCUAUCGACUUGUGACCUCCAGCGGCCGCAGGGUGAGCAGCCGGCCUUCAGAGCGCUCGCUGGCCCUGCUGAGGACUGUAGUUAUCGUUCUUGGAGUGUUUGUCAUGUGCUGGACCCCACUCUUCCUCCUGCUGCUGCUGGAUGUUGGGUGUAGUCCAGAUAAAUGCCCUGUGCUCUACCAGGUGGACUGGUUCAUCGCCCUGGCUGUGCUAAACUCGGCCCUCAACCCGCUCAUUUAUACUCUGUCCAGCAGGGAGAUGAGGGCGGCGUUCUUCAGGCUGCUGUGCUGCUGUCAGACCAGCAUGGACUCCACUGGGACUCCGGCGAUGGGAAACCCACACCUGGGCACCAUCAUUCCCACAGCGGAGAACAGCAAGACCAGCUUGGGUGGAGGUGGCAGUGGAGCGGGAAAAUCCACGCUGGGUAGAGGGAAGAGUCUUCCACCUGUGAACUCUGACAACAAGCAUGUAGAUCCUUCUGCCACUGCCGUGUCCCAUCCUUCAGGACCUGCAGACCUGCUAUCAGCUGUGCUGGUGAAAGCAGGGGCUCUACCGCCUCUCAGUAAGUUCUGAUUGGAAGCACCUUAAAGAGGCCUUACAGUCACACAGAAAUCGAAAAUCGAACUGAUAUACUCCUGCUAUCUGCCACUUUUUGUUUAUGCACUAUGGAAAGUUCAACUUCAAUACGAUGAAGGAAUUAUUUUCUGUUAAAAAAGAUGAAGAAAGCAGUUAACAAUAUUAUCCAUAACGCCAGAAGGAUUGAUUGAGACAGCGAAAACCUAUGAAAUACGAUAGGACUUCUGGGACAUGGACCAAACCAAGCCCAAAAUUAAAUCUGUUGGCUUAAGUCAAUUUUGUGAAAACUUGCUUACGCAACAAUUGAACAUAUUUAACUUUAAUACUGUUGUGUCUGUGUAUUUGUUUGUUUCAUUUUGUCAUUCUAAGAAGAAAAGAUCAAAAUAGGGCACUUUUUUGAUUGUGCUGUGAAAGUAUUUUUUAAACACCUGCAUUUUCCAUCACGACUGAAUUUUGCAAACUAUUUAUUUUCUGUGAAAACAUUUGCAAUCUUAAUACUUUUAGUAUAAUGUUUUGUUGUGUGUUAUAAUUAGGUUGUGUGUAUAAAAAACACUACGGUACUAGGAUUUCAUUUUUGAUUGUGUUAUGAUUUGAUGCACUGCAAGAGAAAAAAAAAUGAAAAAUUGACUAGCGGCCUCUAGAGGCUGCAAUGCUCACUACACACAUGAAACGUUGUCUUAUGACUAAAAAAAGGAGAGAAAACGGCAUCAUUAGAUUUUAACAAUGUGCAAGAACUUUGAGUUUGUCAUGAUAAUGGUGUACGGAAAGAGCAGUGUUUUUAUUUAAGUCUGAUGGGUUCUAUUUCUGCACAGUGAACAUUUUAAACUCAGCUGUUCAUCACCAGGACUGGCUCAUCAUUCACAUUUGCGUUCAGCGCUACUUUGUCAGCAUCUGCUGCACUGUGAGAUCAAUUAAUGUGUGUAAUAACUGCAGUAAUGAACAUUUUCUCCUCUCAUCAGCAUAUCUAGAAACCACUCAGACGUCAACUAACCACUAGUGAAUAGGAGUGUUGGAUGUGAAGUAUUUAAUGGUGGUAGACUGUAAAUUACAUUUCUGCCUAGGGUGUUGAAGUGCCUGAUACCAUUAUAGCAAAUACAAUAAAAUCCUAUUCCCCUUUUA